CGUCUACGCCGUAAACGUCCCUGUGAACGCACUGUUGCUAUAGAAACGGUAACGCAUUCAAAAGAGCGCGUUAAUAUACGCCUGUGAUUUGCAGCUGUCCGACUGUCUGUUACAGAAAAUUCAUCAGCACCUUCUCAGCCAAUCAGAAUAGUUCCUGCUCUUACACACCAGACUCAAGAGUGAUCCCAGAGACUUGAUAUUUCAUCACAGGGAUGAUGUUAAAAGCAAAACAAGUCUGGUGGGUCUUCUUGUGGAUGUUUCCCAAUCCUGAUUGAGAGAGAAAGUGGGGCAAAUAUAGCCGAGGGGUGUUAAGUGCCCUGGCUCGGCACAUGCCCACACUAUCAGGUAACUCAUUUUGUACUUACGGGGGCAAAAAGGGAUAAAAAUAAGCCCCAAACCCCAGACAUCCUCUGGCUUUAGUUGAACAUACUACGAGUCUCUGUGUUCAGCUUAAUCACCGAUUCAGAUGUGAAAAAGGAGACAAAUACACAGAGAGGAUUAGCAAGGAAAUGACAACGGUUCAGGCUGACUCGCUUGCUAAAAAUAAAAACAAAAACAUUUGUGAUACUUCAACAGCAACGUUCAUUCAAGGUGCAGAAACUUUUUCAGAAAUUGUUCAAGAGGAGACCAAAACUAGAAACGUUUAAGAUCAGGCUUGCAUCCAGACUCCUGUUCAGAAUCUUUUUCCACAGAGGAACAUAUUUAGCAGAAAAGAAGAACAUUUGGGAUUGCUGGUGGUGCCAUUUUGAGCCAGAAGAUUGUGAGAAAGGAAGACUGCCUAUAACUGACUUAGUAAUAAGAGCAUGUCAAAAGGAAUAGGUGAUAACGAAGGCAUUGUGGAACUGCCUGGGAAGGUGACAUCUCAGGAUGUUGAAGUUGGUGGAAAUAAAUCUAACUCCCUCCCAAAAGGUUAUAAGAAUGCCAAUGUGAAUCCAAAUGACCAUAUGACAUCAAGGAAACAAGAGAAUGAAAAUAGGCAGUGCCGAAAGGGUGGAAAUAUAGAACCUACAAAUACACAAUCCCAGGAUGAGUCACCAUCGCUGGACCCCAACAGGAUUGACAUAGAUCGCUCAGAGGUGAUACAAAUGAUGUACAGAGGUGACACAUCUAACGAGUUGUGGGUUGACGCUUUGGAUGAGUGGGGACAUCUUCCAGCCUCCUGUCCCACUCCGGUGUCUUCAAAUAACACAAGAACCUCAAUGGGUGCUAAGAUUGGUUCCUUGGAAUUACCUACUAUUGAGAGGUGGUCCUCUUCGGACAGCUGGGCCAGUGCUUUAUCAGACUGGAUCCAGUCUGUUAGUGUCCUUCCAGAAGAUUAUCCCACUAUGAGAACUCCUGAGUCUCGGCAUCAGUUCUCCAUGGCCAUCCAGGACAUGACCAAGGAGAAGGCCAUGGGCCCGGAAAGCUCCUUAGAAGUAGGAGAUGGGGAUUCUGAGGGUAAAAUGCUGAUAAAAAACUCCAAUAGUCUUCCAAUAGACCUGUCUUUCCUAUACAAGGAGGAGAGAGAAAACGCACUAAGUCUUAACACUAAUUUAGAUAUGACCAGGACUCAGGAUUUACAGGAAGACAUGGAAGGAAGGACCCAGUCAGUUUUACAGGAAAAGGCAGAAGAGUCUCAGAAUGAUUGUACAAACGGAAGACUUGAAAACAACUGUGCCUGUGUAUCCAAGCAGGAGAGCAAUGCACUGUGGGAAGUAGUUGAAGACACAGCUUUCGAGGAGGACGGUGAAAGGAAUCCCAGUGCCUUGAGCUUCUCGUGUUACCCCAUCACGCCGGAUUCGGAGGUUCAUCUCCUCAACAGCUAUGAAGCAGAUCACCUGCCAUGCAUGCGAGGAGUGAACAGGCGUGACGCGACACACGGGCCAUGUGUGUUUCCUAACACAGGAGAGGUGGAUUUUAUUAUGCCACUUACGCCGAUCACUAUUGGAACGUCAUUCCUCCACUUGAAAGAAUAUCCAGAUGAAUCAAGGACUUCCUUAAAGCCAUCCCUUGCAGGGAUCAGUGAUGAAAUUAGACCAGAUCUGACGGCAAGAACUGGCGGAAAAUCCACAAAUGAGUCAUUGGACAAAAAGUUUUGUGACAUCUCAAACAGAACUGGUGAUCAGGGUCCAUCUUUGUCGUUUUGUGAAGACCCAAAGUUCAAAACAGAGGCCGGUGACGUCAGCUCGGAACUUCAGAGGCUGGUCUUACCCUCAGGGGAGCAGUUAAUGAUCUGUGAGGAAAAGCAUGUAGCAUACGUGACUUUAAACGUGGAUGACAUUCUGAGCUUUAAGUUCCACCCCAAGGUUCGGCCGGCUAUAAAACAAGUAAUCUGCGAAGCGAAGCAAAGCUGUGAAAGAGACAGCGAGAUGCCUCAUAAAAUGCAAAAAACGUCAUCUGAGAACAAGACACGCUCCAAUAAACACAAGGACAAAACCAGCAACAACCAACAGCUUGGCUGUCAAACCAAGAAACAAGAGAACGUGAGACCAGAAUCGCACGUCGAAGAGUCUGGAGGCUCGGAGGAAAGCACAGUGACCAUGAUCGAGACUAUUGUAAUAACGGAGAAGGUCACAUCCAGAUCUCACGGGAAGAAGAAAAAGAAGCACGGAGUACCAAAGGUUGAAAACGAGCCGCUACUUGAAGUGGAAAAUGGAACAAAACAGCCGAAAAGCACAAAGCCUAAAAACGAGACAGCAGCAACACAACCGAGCAAGGUGAGAGAGAAGCUCGCAAAAUACGAGGGAAAGGACUCGAAUGAAAACGAUAAAGCAGCUGAAGGAAAAACCAAACCGAGUACGGAAACAUCAAGCACAUGCCUGCCUGGUACACUGGACGAUGACAUCAUCAAACGCAGACGCAUAUCUGGGGACAAACCUGGAUCCGUAUCGAUUAGGGCGAGGCCACAGCUUCCUGCUAUCUUCCAGCAGAAGAAAAAGGAAGAGGUGGUGAAACAGAAGAUUCAGACACCUAUAGAAGCUUCACGUGUCAUAUGUGAGAUUGAAGCAGCGCCAAUCAUUGAUGAUCCUCAGAGCAUUUCACUGUGGUGCCGCUUCAGCCCCAUCGUGGCCGAUUCCUCUGUCAUGUGGGUGAAAGAAGGAGCGACGCUGUGUGAGGAAAAGAGGAAAGUAGGAGAUGAUGGGCGGGUCUGUUUUUCAGUGGUGAAAGCCUGCAGUAAGGAUUUGGGUUUUUAUUGCUGUACUCUUAUCAGUGCUCUCGGUUCAGUGUCCACCUCAGACUAUCACCUCACAUCAGAAGUGCUCAUGGAGCUCGUCAUCCCGAACCAUGAUACACCAGCUGAGCGUAAAGCAAUAGAUGGGGAAGAAGAGGAUGUGUCUUGCAGUCCUCUCCUCUUUAAGGACGACAUCCUGACCGAUCAGUAUUUUGGAGAGCGGCAGCACACGAGCAUCGUGACCGAGAAGGAUCACUUUGGUGAGGGAAUGCACCGGAAAGCAUUCAGGACAAUGAUGCGCACCGGCCUGAUGCCUUUGUUUGACCCCGGACACACCUGUGUGCUCAAAGUGCACAGCUCCAUCGGCUACGGCACCCAGAACAACGACGAGGUCGCCCAGAAGAACUACAACCUCGCUGUGGAGGAGUGUUAUGUCCAGAACACGGCCAGAGAAUACAUCAAAGCCUACACCAACGUGGCCAAAUCUGCCGAGUCCUUUGGAGAAGUUCCUGAAAUCAUCCCCAUUUUCCUGGUGCACCGGCCAUCUAACGCCAUCCCGUACGCCACGCUGGAGGAGGAGCUGAUCGGGGAUUUCGUAAAAUACUCUGUUAAGGACGGGAAAGAGAUCAACCUGAUGAGGAGAGACUCGGAGGCGGGACAGAAAUGCUGUGCUUUCCAGCACUGGGUUUACACGCAGACUGGAGGAAACCUGCUGGUUACUGAUAUGCAGGGUGUAGGUAUGAAGCUGACAGAUGUUGGGAUUGCCACCUGCAAAAAAGGUUAUAAGGGCUUUAAAGGAAACUGCUCCACAUCAUUCAUCGACCAGUUUAAAGCUCUUCAUCAGUGUAACCGCUUCUGCGAGCUGCUCGGCCUCACGUCACUGCAGCCCAAAGCCAAACGGGCCUCCCCGCCCAAACCCAAAGCACAACCCGCCGCCAGGAAAAAGCCUUUUGGCACCACUCUCAAGGGCAAAACCUGA